GGUCCCGUCUCCGCCGCUCGGUGCCGCUCAGGCUAACGUUAGCUAGCAAGUUGUCAGGCUGUCAAGUGGAGUGGCUGGGGUAGACGUUUCAGCUUCCCUCCCCCCUGGCUUGGCCGCACAAACCUCCGGCCAAUCCCCCUACAAAGAAAGCCACGAGAAAAUCCGGUAGAAUAUUCGCGUCAACUGAGAUAAUGUAAUGCAUCACGGACGUACGCAAAGAGGGAUCUCCGCACCUACACAAUUUAUAUGCACCGAGGCUUGAGUGACGAUUGCUCGCUGCUACCUAGCUGGCUAGCUACCCUAGCUAAACCGCCGCAAACCCCCUAGUUUCGUCGGUGUACCCUCUCUGGUGCGAACUGCGGCCAGUCGGUCCUCGUUCCUUUUUGUAGCUUCUGCUGGUGUCGACUAGUAUUUUGGUAUUUGGCUUUUAAAAGGACACAAUGGGUGCAUUUUUGGACAAACCAAAGAUGGAAAAGUAUAAUUCCCAUGGUGAAGGUAAUAACCUGAGGUAUGGGCUCAGCAGUAUGCAAGGUUGGCGGGUUGAGAUGGAGGAUGCACACACAGCAGUAAUUGGGCUGCCUCAUGGUCUUGACCUGUGGUCAUUCUUUGCUGUUUAUGAUGGGCAUGCUGGCUCUCAGGUGGCCAAGUACUGCUGCGAGCACCUGCUGGAGCACAUCACCAGCAACUCAGACUUCCAGAUGGCUCUGCGGGAUGACCCCUCUGUGGACAGUGUGAAGAACGGUAUCCGCACUGGAUUCUUGCAGAUUGACGAACACAUGCGAGCCAUCUCUGAGAAGAAGCACGGUGUGGACCGCAGUGGUUCCACUGCAGUGGGGGUGAUGAUUUCUCCAAGCCAUAUCUACUUCAUCAACUGUGGCGACUCGCGUGGGCUCCUCAGCCGGGGCGGCGCUGUGCACUUCUUCACACAAGAUCACAAACCCAGCAACCCACUGGAAAAGGAAAGGAUCCAGAAUGCCGGUGGCUCAGUCAUGAUCCAGCGAGUUAAUGGGUCCCUAGCAGUGUCCCGUGCUCUGGGAGACUUCGACUACAAGUGUGUGCAUGGAAAAGGCCCGACAGAGCAGCUUGUUUCUCCAGAGCCUGAAGUUUAUGCAAUAGAGAGAAGUGAGGGGGAAGAUGAAUUCAUUAUAUUAGCUUGUGAUGGCAUCUGGGAUGUCAUGGCCAAUGAGGAACUGUGUGACUUUGUGAGGUCAAGGCUAGAGGUUACAGAUGAUCUCGAAAAAGUCAGCAAUGAAAUUGUUGACACCUGCUUGUACAAGGGAAGCCGAGACAAUAUGAGUGUUGUGUUAGUCUGCUUUCCAGGGGCCCCAAAGGUAUCUUCAGAAGCAGUGAAACGAGAAGCUGACCUGGACAAAUAUCUGGAGGCCAGAGUAGAAGAGAUCAUCAAAAAGCACGGGGAUGAAGGAGUCCCAGAUUUGGUCCAUGUUAUGCGGACGUUAGCAUCUGAGAGCAUCCCUAAUCUUCCUCCUGGAGGGGAGCUGGCAAGCAAACGAAGUGUUAUUGAAGCAGUGUACAACAAACUUAACCCCUAUCGAAGUGAUGACACAGACUCUGCGUCCACAGACGACAUGUGGUAACACAACCUCCUACCACUAACACAGCAUAGAGUUUACAAACCACCAUCCUCUCAAGACCCACAGCAGCUCAGCUCAGCAGUCUUUCUCUCCGUCACUCUGAGCUUUUGGUUUCUAAGAAGGGAAUUUCAUGGGAGGAGGAGGAGAAAAGAGGAGGAGGAGGAGGAGUAGGAGGAGGAGGAGGAAGAGGAGAUGCAUGCACACAAACCUGGAACAGUGCAGCACCAGUCCACUCUGGAGUUCAGGAUCCCCGCUGUCUUGUCUCCCCUUUAUGUUCACCCACCUAAAUAUUCUCUAAAGUAAUCCAUAACAAGUGAGUCCACAAAGUUUUCUUCCAUUUUGUUAAAUAAUCAGCUUAACUAGUAAGAUUUUUUUUUUUUUUUUUUUUUGCUGUAAUUAAUUUGAUUCACAUUUCCUUGUGUGUAUUUGUAUAUUUCUGUUUUUGUGAAGUGCAAUUGUCCUGUACAAACAGCCUGUAUUUAAUGCAGCUUGAUUUUAAGUUAAAAAAUGAAAGAAAUGGAAAAAGAGAACCUUUUAUGCACUAUCUGCCUUUUCCUGCUCUUCUGGAAUUCUAACAAAUGUCUAUUCAGUGACUAUUAUCGCUUGUCCUCCAGGCACAGUGUCUCUGCGCUUUUAUUUCUCUUUUUUUUCUCCUCCAAUUAGUCUAUGCUCCUUUAAGAAACGGGUAAAUUGUAUAGUUGACAGCACAGUAAGCUCUAUAUCAAACCAUUUGAAUCCUAAUUAUUUUUCCCCUGUGCUUUUUUUUUUUUUUUUUUUAAAUUGUAUUUUACUUUUGUAAGUAGUUUUCUGUACAUGCUCAAAUAAUAAUGGCAAGGUGUUUCUCAAUCAAGUAUGAAGUGGAAUUUUAUUUUUCUUCAUUUCCUGCAAGGUAUCUGAUGGGUCCCAUGUUAACAUGUUUGUCCGUAGGUACUUGCAAACGUGUGUGGGUGUGUGUGUGUGCGCAUGUGCACGCGCACUUGUCAGUAUAAUGCAGAUCUGUAUGCGCAGCUCUAAUUUCAUUUUGCUAUGGUGGUUCAGACAAACUGGGCUGGAGUUUAAGGGAAGUGCUCUCUCCUUAUCCAUUUUCAGCCCCACGCGGUGUUUCAUAUCAACUCAACAUAGGCUUCACUGUUUCUAAUUCCAAACAGCAUUGGACAGCAGAGUUUAUAUCUUACCCUGUUUGACCCUAAAAAUAUAUAUCAAAACUUUACUGUAACCUGUGAUGACACAAAUUCAUUUUAAAUGUUGGCAGGUUCGUCAGGUUUACACAUCUGUUGUCAUAUUUGAAUAUCAAUUUCUAAAUGUACAUGAAUAACAGUGACCACUGUGGGUGCCAUAUUUUUUUUAAAAUCUCACUUUCAGCUUCAUGACAGCCUAUGCCAGCCCCCC